GGCCGGGCCGGCCAGGGCGGGGCCGCGCGCGGCAUGGAGGAGGCGGAGGCCGCGGCGCGCCGGGCGGAGCAGUGCGGGCCCGAGAAGGGCCCGAGUGGGGCCCAAGGCCCCUGACCCGUGAGUGCCUCCAGGCGGGGGUCUGGGAGUGCUGGCGCGGCCGGGUUUCCUGAAGGCAUGGGUUGGACGGGACAGUGGUGACCCUCCAGUCCGGCAUGGACGACUGGAAGCCCAGCCCCCUCAUCAAGCCCUUUGGGGCUCGGAAGAAGAGGAGCUGGUAUCUUACCUGGAAGUAUAAACUGACCAACCAGAGGACCCUGCGGAAAUUCUGUCAGACAGGGGCUGUGCUUUUUCUACUGGUGACCGUCAUUGUCAACAUCAAGUUGAUCCUGGACACACGACGGGCAAUCAACGAAGCCAAUGAAGACCCGGAGCAGGAGCAAGACUAUGAUGAGGCCCUGGGCCGAUUGGAUCCCCCACGGCGCAGAGGCAGCAGUCCCCGAAGGGUCCUGGAUGUGGAGGUAUACUCAAGCCGCAGCAAAGUAUAUGUGGCAGUGGAUGGCACUACGGUACUGGAGGAUGAGGCCCGGGAGCAGGGCCGGGGUAUCCAUGUCAUCGUCCUCAACCAGGCCACGGGCCAUGUAAUGGCAAAACGUGUGUUUGACACAUACUCACCUCAUGAGGAUGAGGCCAUGGUUCUGUUCCUCAACAUGGUGGCACCUGGCCGAGUGCUCAUCUGCACUGUCAAGGACGAGGGCUCCUUCCACCUCAAGGACACAGCCAAGGCUCUGCUGAGGAGCUUAGGCAGCCAGGCUGGCCCUGCUCUGGGCUGGAGGGACACCUGGGCCUUCGUGGGACGAAAAGGAGGGCCUGUCCUCGGGGAGAAGCAUUCUAAGUCACCUGCCCUCUCCUCCUGGGGGGACCCAGUCCUACUGAAAACAGAUGUGCCGCUGAGCUCAGCUGAAGAGGCGGAGUGCCACUGGGCAGAUACAGAGUUGAACCGUCGCCGCAGGCGCUUCUGCAGCAAAGUUGAGGGCUAUGGGAGUGUGUGCAGCUGCAAGGACCCCACCCCCAUUGAGUUCAGCCCUGACCCACUCCCAGACAACAAGGUCCUCAAUGUUCCUGUGGCUGUCAUUGCAGGGAAUCGGCCCAAUUACCUGUACAGGAUGCUGCGCUCUCUGCUUUCAGCCCAGGGGGUGUCUCCCCAGAUGAUAACAGUUUUCAUCGAUGGCUACUAUGAGGAGCCAAUGGACGUGGUGGCGCUGUUCGGUUUGAGGGGCAUCCAGCACACUCCCAUCAGCAUCAAGAAUGCCCGCGUGUCUCAGCACUACAAGGCCAGCCUCACGGCCACUUUCAACCUGUUUCCAGAAGCCAAGUUUGCUGUGGUUUUGGAAGAGGACCUGGACAUUGCUGUGGACUUUUUCAGUUUCCUGAGCCAGUCCAUCCACCUGCUGGAGGAGGAUGACAGCCUGUACUGUAUCUCUGCCUGGAACGAUCAGGGGUAUGAACACACCGCCGAAGACCCCACAUUGCUGUACCGUGUGGAGACCAUGCCUGGGCUGGGCUGGGUGCUCAGGAAGUCUUUGUAUAAGGAGGAGCUUGAGCCCAAAUGGCCCACACCGGAAAAGCUCUGGGACUGGGACAUGUGGAUGCGGAUGCCUGAGCAACGCCGAGGCCGAGAGUGCAUCAUCCCUGAUGUUUCCCGAUCCUACCACUUUGGCAUUGUGGGCCUCAACAUGAAUGGCUACUUCCAUGAGGCCUACUUCAAGAAGCACAAGUUCAACACGGUUCCAGGUGUCCAGCUCAGGAACGUGGACAGUCUGAAGAAGGAAGCUUAUGAAGUGGAAGUUCACAGGCUGCUCAGUGAAGCUGAAGUUCUGGACCAUAGCAAGGACCCUUGUGAAGACUCUUUCCUGCCAGACACAGAGGGCCAUACCUACGUGGCCUUUAUCCGAAUGGAGAAAGAUGAUGACUUCACCACCUGGACCCAGCUUGCCAAGUGCCUCCAUAUCUGGGACCUAGAUGUGCGUGGCAACCACCGGGGCCUGUGGAGAUUGUUUCGGAAGAAGAACCACUUCCUGGUAGUGGGGGUCCCAGCCUCUCCCUAUUCAGUGAAGAAGCCACCAUCAAUCACCCCAAUUUUCCUGGAGCCGCCCCCAAAGGAGGAGGGAGCCCCAGGAGCUGCAGAACAGACAUGAGACCUCCUCCACGACCCUGCAGGAUUGGGUACUGUGUACCCCCAGGCAGGCUAGCCCAUUAUCCCAUCCUGUAGGAUUUUGUAGACACUGGCAGGGGCUGGGGCUGGUUUGUUUUUAACAUGAGACUUAAUUACUAACUUCAAGGGGAAGGUUCCCCUAUUCCAACACUGCUAUUUCUGAGUUGGAGGUCUAUUUAUUGACUUUUCUUGUUGGGAAAGGGCAGGAUAGUACCGGAGAUCCCUGGGCUCCUGAUCCUUCCCUUUGUAUACUUCCUCCUCCAAGGCCUGGCUCAGAGGUUAACCUAUUUAUUUACUGUCCUGAGGGCCUUGGAAACAGGCUGAAGCCUGAAGGGCCUUGAUUUCUUUAUGGACUGGGGUGCUGCCCUGAGAGUGGGGCUGGCUCUUACUCAGGAAACUGCUGUGCCCAACUCCCGGACAGGCCUGGCAGGGCCCCCCCCUCCGCCCCCCUCCCUCCCCCACUGAUACAGACUCACUCAGAGACCCUCAGACACUGAACCAGGCCUCUUCUCAGCCUCAUCUUUAUCCAGGUUUUCAAAGCUGGGUAAGGUGGUCAUUGAUUAAAAAAGGAG